UGCUAUCCAAGAAAUCUUUCAGAUUUGCGCAUAUCGACAAUUUUCCGAGCGGCCAGUUUACGUAUUUUGUUUGUAGUUAACGUGUUUCAAGGACUUUGACAAUGGCUGAGGAAGCGCAUAAGGUAACAUUGAAUGUCUAUGAUUUAAGCCAAGGCUUGGCACGCCAGCUCUCACAAUCACUCCUGGGAAAGGUUAUUGAAGGUGUAUGGCAUACAGGAAUAGUUGUCUAUGGGAAUGAGUACUUUUUUGGAGGAGGGAUACAACAUUUACCAGUUGGAAGAACUCCAUAUGGAACACCAAUUCGAACGAUAGAGUUGGGUCUAUCACAUGUGCCUAAAGAUGUAUUCGAGAUGUACUUGGAAGAAAUCAGUCCUCGUUACACUGCUGAAUCCUACAAUUUACUUACUCACAACUGCAACAACUUCAGCAACGAGGUCGCUCAGUUUUUGGUGGGUAAAGGGAUUCCUGACUACAUUCUCCAGCUUCCUAAUGAUGUUCUAAACAGUCCCAUGGGUGGUCUUAUAAUGCCUAUGUUGCAAGGCCUCGAAACAACUCUAAAGGCUGGUGCUGUUCCUCAAGUUCCACAGUUUAGGCCACAGCCACAACCUUUUGGAGCUUUUAGUAAAGAUGAUGGCCCACAAAUUGUGAUAGCUCCUAAGCUCGAGGCAGCAGAAACCUCAACUGCAACUGAGAAAGUGCCACCUGUUAUUCAACCAUCAGCUAGUAAAGAGAAGGUCAAGGACGACCCGUUGGGUGAUGCUAGGGCCAAGAUUCAGGAAGAGAUUACAAGCGAAUUUGCAGCUCUAAUGGCACAAGGCACAUUACGAGCAAGUGAAGCAGCUGCUAUGGCGACAAAAAGAGUCAUGCAAAAGUACGGACAUCUCAAUGUAAACGCUUAGUGCAAUAACAGAGAGAUGAAACAUUUUAUUUUUACUGUCUUGAAACUAAGUCCAGAAUCUUGAACGAUUUCAUUACACUAUUGCCUUCAGCUGUAUUUCGUGUAUUAUGUUCAACGAUCUACAAAUUAAUUAUCAUAAAAGAGGAAAAGAGCAGU